AUGAAAGCUGAGCUGAAGCAUCUCGACCGCAAGUACAGUGAAAAGCAUCAGUGGUACUACGCCGAGACCGUUGAGGACAAGGCUGUUCCUGAUCAAGUUGACUGGUGGACCAAGUAUGCCCUUUGUGUCACACGACACAUGUCCGAAGAUGGCAAGAAGGUACAGAAAGUCGUGGUUCAGAUCAACUCACAACAUCUCAAGGAUCUGCUCAAGAAGGCUGUCGGCUCAUACCCUGGGGUUAGUCUCGACACAAAGGACAUCGCAUUGACACAACCUUGCCGACUUCUUUACCACUACCUCGAUGAGAUCAAGGAACACGGUGAGAAGUUUGAAGCAGGCUCUGAGGCUGCAGAACACUACAAUGUCCUCCUCAAUCAUAUCCAGGAAGAGUUUGGAGAGACCAUCCAGGAGGCACGUAAUCUCCGCGAACAAAAGGUCAUGAGUUACCAGCACCUCUGGACUGUCUUCAAGCCACAGACUAUCGCCUUCGCGCGCGAGCUCGGUCAGAUACAGGCUUAUCGUGUGGUUGACAGCACAUAUGUCUGUGGCAUGCAACCCGGUCUGCUCACCAAUCUCCAACAUGUAGACUUUGACGGCAAGCGUUUCGGUUACCGCACCGCGAGCAUCAAAAUCCCUCCCUACUUGGGUGAUGUCGCAAUUAAAAGCCUCGACGUUGUCCCUCGUCCCUUCUUUCCUCAUAUACAGGAGACCGAGAAACGUCUGAUUGCACGCGGCCGCCAUUUCGAGGGCUUUGCUGGCAUUCAUUUCGCCGAGCAUGCUGCUGUUGCGCUGGAGCACGUCUACAACAACUAUAGUGGUGGAUACGACAUCAAUCGCGUCCAUAUCAGCGAGCGCGUUGUAAUAGAUUGCGCUACUCACCACCGUCUCAACCCGGGCCUCGCCAAAAACGAAUACGACUCUGAUCCUUUCUACACUGAUAGAGACGAGGACGAAUGCGACAAUAACAGAAAAGACAAGGAGCUCAUACCAACCACAAAACUGGACUUCGCACCCUUGACAGACGAACAAUGUCUCCUCGCCUCCGCCCUCGUACACGGCUUCUCCUUUACCCACAAAAAAUGGAUCGACAUGUUCAUCGACGAACUCCACCCUGUAGAAUGGAACGACGAAUGUUUCUCCCAGCUCGUGCUCCCUACGCGCGAGAAACGAAUGGUUCAAGCCCUCGUCACAGAACACAUUGCCCAAAAAGCAGAAUUCGACGACAUCAUCAAAGGAAAAGGCAAAGGACUCGUCUUGGUCCUCCACGGUCCUCCUGGAGUAGGCAAGACAUUGACCGCAGAAUGUGUAGCCGAACGCUGCAAAAGACCUCUCUACGUCGUGUCUUCUGGCGAUCUGGGCACAGAGCCUGAUACCCUCAACGAAAGGCUAGAGCAAAUCUUGGACAUGGCAAGCACAUGGCGCGCAGUACUUCUCAUCGAUGAAGCAGAUGUAUUUCUCGAAGCCCGCAGCUUGCAUGAUAUGCACAGAAAUGCUUUGGUCUCCAUCUUCUUGCGUGUGCUGGAAUACUAUCAGGGUAUUCUCUUCCUAACCUCCAAUCGUGUCUCCACCUUUGACGAUGCGUUUAAAUCUCGCAUCCACAUUCCCUUGAAAUACGGCGCCCUGGACACAUCGUCUCGCAAACAGAUCUGGAAGAAUUUCUUGACAAAAUCUGGACAAGGAUGUUGUGAUGAAGACACACUUGAAAAGUUGGCGGAAUGGGAGUUGAACGGUCGUCAAAUCAAGGGCAUCGUGAGGACUGGAGCUAGUCUUGCGAGAUUUGACAACAAGGAUUUGGAUCUUGAGACGCUGGAGCAGGUUAUUGGGAUUCAAAUGGAUUUUGAACGGGAUUUGGUCGGAGACGGCAAGUGA